AUGCAAGCGCCCGUGAAGUCUGAAUGGAAGCCCAUCCGCGCAUCGGUUUCCUCGUUGAGGAUGACCAAUCCCAUUCGUGCUCUGCUUGAGACGAUAAAGGUGCCAGAAAAUCCUGAGAAGGAGAUGAUCGAUCUCUCCAUCGGGGACCCUACGGUGUAUGACAAUCUCUCUGUCCAUCCAUUCGUUAAGGAGGAACUCAAGAAGGUGGUGGAUUCACCACUUCGCAGCUUUCACGGCUAUGUGCACUCCGCUGGCAGUUCCGAGGCCAAGCGAGCGGUGGCACAGAAGUUCACCAGUCCCGAGUCGCCUCUACGAGAGACCGACAUUAUCCUGACUAGUGGCUGUUCCGGGGCUUUGGAGAUCGCCAUCAAGGCCUUCUGCAACCCUGGCGAUAACAUCCUGCUCCCACGACCAGGCUUCUCGCUCUAUCAAACCAUCUGCGAGCACCUCGACGUCAAGUGGAAGCACUACAACUUGCUGCCGGAAAGAGAGUGGGAGGUGGACCUGGAGCAGCUGAGCUCGCUGGUGGACGAGAGGACCAAGGUCAUCUUGGUGAAUAAUCCCUCCAACCCAUGUGGCUCGGUCUUCUCUCGUGAGCACAUCAAGGCGAUCUUGGAGAUUGCUGAGAAACACCAGUUGCCCAUCAUCUCGGACGAAGUCUACUACGAUAUGGUCUUCCCAAGCUCAGGCAAACAGUUCGAAUCUUUCGGUCGGGUCAGCGAGGACGUUCCAGUCCUUGUGGUGGGUGGCAUUGCCAAGCGGGUCGGGUGGAUCCAGAUCCAUGAUCGGAACGGUCUGCUGGAGGAAGUCAGACAGGGCCUGAACAGGCUCACCACUCUUAUUCUGGGGCCGAACACGCUAGUGCAGGGUGUGCUGCCGCAGAUGCUCCACAACACUCCGGAGGAGUUUUACCAACACUCGCUCUCACAAUUGGAGGCCAACGCCCAGCUGCUGGUCGAACAGCUAGCCAACGUACCAGGCCUGAAGGUCAUCAAGCCCAGCGGAGCAAUGUAUGUAAUGAUGGGAAUUGAAGUCGAGAAGUUUGAGGACAUCAAAGACGACGUCGACUUCACCCAGAAGCUGCUGGCCGAGGAGUGCGUCCUCGUCCUCCCUGGCACCAUCUUCCAAAUCCCUAACUAUGUCCGGCUGGUUAUCUGCCCCACGCUGGACAAGCUGCGUCUCGUGUGCGAGCGAUUGGCCAGCUUCAGCGCCAGGCACGCCAAAAAGCGAGAGUAG